UUAAAGGGGCAGCCGCGGCCCCAUCUGAUGCGGCGGCUCCAAUCAGCGGCCCUGGGGCUCUUGGCAGCCGGAGCCGCCGCCGCUCCGCAUUCCUCCGUCUUCCUAAAAGGGGCUAACAUGGCGAUGGGCAGGAUGAGGUGAAGAGGAGAAGGAGGAGAGGGAAAAAAAAAAAGGAAAAAAAAAGGAAAAAAAAAGAAAAAAAAAGAAAAAAAAAGGAGGGGAGAGGAAAAAAAAAGAAAAAAACAGGAAAAAAAAAAAAGGAAAAGAGGGACGGGGAUGCAAGCAGGGCUGGCAGCGGCGGCGCGGUAAUUUCCUCUCUCCCCCCUCCUCUCCUCUUCCAAAAGGGAAAAAAAAAAAAAAAAAGGCAAAAAAGCCAGCCAAAAAAAAAAAAAAGGAGAGAGAAAAAAAAAAAAGCAACCAACCCAGCAAACCACCCAACCCAACAUUUCUUUUUUUUUCAUGGAGAGCAAAAACCCCAGGCAAGCGGAGGAGGACCGGGACUCCUUUGCGCGGAGACCUUUGCAUCAAAAUGCUGAUAGUCGAAAAAACGACUGACUACCCUUCGGCUGAGUACUCCCUGGUGGAGGAUGUAGCCCUCCACUUCACGUGUUUGAUGGACAGACUGAAUGAGCAGCGCCUCUUUCAGCCGGACCUGUGCGACGUGGACAUCGUGCUGGUGCAGCACAAGAGCAUCUUCCCGGCGCACAAGGGGGUCCUGGCAGCCUACAGCCAGUUCUUCCACUCCCUCUUCACCCAAAACAAGCAGCUGCAGCGCGUGGAGCUCUCGCUGGAGGCCCUCACCUCACAGGGCCUCCAGCAGAUCCUCAACUUCAUCUACACCUCCAAGCUCCUCGUCAACUCUUGCAAUGUGCAGGACGUGCUGAACGCGGCUGCCGUGCUGCAGAUGAACAACAUCGCCUCCUCCUGCCAGGACCUCCUCGACACCCGCUCGCUCAGCCUGGCCACCGACAUGGCUCUGCCCGCUGAGGGCUGUGCUGGACCCCCACCCUACUACUGUGAGAUCAAGCAGGAGGUAGACGCCCCCAAUCCCAAGAUCUACACCCGGGAGGGCAACGACCCCUACUCGGUGCGGGUGGAGGAUGGAGCAGGUGGUGGGACGCUUCCCCCUGGUCCAGCCAAGCAGUACUACAAGGAGGAGAAGGAUGGUGGUCCGGGUGCCGUCUGUAAGAUAGAAGGUGAAGAGUCUGAGGAGGACUUGGACAGCCAGAGCUCAUACAACCGGGAGCAGAUCAUCGUGGAGGUGAACCUCAACAACCAGACCCUCAACGUCUCCAAGGGCACAGAGGGGAAGGCGGCUGCCAGCGAGGCGGCUGUGAUGGGGCGGCCUGAUGGUGAUGGGCGCGAUGCAGAGGAGGAUGGGGAGGAGGAGAAUGAGGAAGGGGAGGAGGAGGAAGAAGAGGAGGAGGAUGCAGAGGUGGGGGAGGAGGAGGAGGAGGAGGAGCACAGCGAGGAGGAAGACCUGGAGGAGACAACAGAAGAAGAGGACGAUGACGAUGAUGAUGAAGACGUGUCAGAGGUGAAAAGGGAAAAGGGUGGGCAGCCCCGCAGAGGCAGCCGGGCUUCCAAAGCCACCAAACCUGCCAUGGCAACCAGGUCGCAGGAGAUAGCCAAGGUGGAAGAGGAGGAGGAGGAGGAAGAGGAAGGCCAGCGAGGGAGGAAGAGGAAAAAGGAGCAGGACGGUUUGGGCCAGAAGGUGAAGCUGGAGGAGAAGCAGCAUUACCCAUGCAAGAAGUGCCCCCGGGUCUUCAACAACCGCUGGUACCUGGAGAAGCACAUGAAUGUCACGCACAGCCGCAUGCAGAUCUGCGACAAGUGUGGCAAACGCUUCCUGCUCGAGAGCGAGCUGCUGCUGCACCACCAGACCGACUGUGAGAAGAACAUUCAGUGCGUGACGUGUGGGAAGGGGUUCAAGAAGCUCUGGUCCCUCCAUGAGCACAACAAGAUCGUCCAUGGCUAUGCUGAGAAGAAGUUCUCCUGUGAGAUCUGUGAGAAGAAGUUCUACACCAUGGCCCACGUGCGCAAACACAUGGUUGCUCACACCAAGGACAUGCCAUUCACCUGCGAGACCUGUGGGAAGUCCUUCAAGCGCAGCAUGUCCCUCAAGGUGCAUUCGCUCCAGCACUCUGGGGAAAAGCCUUUUAAAUGCGAGAACUGCAACGAGCGCUUCCAGUACAAGUACCAGCUGCGCUCCCACAUGAGCAUCCACAUCGGCCACAAGCAGUUCAUGUGCCAGUGGUGCGGCAAGGACUUCAACAUGAAGCAAUACUUCGACGAGCACAUGAAGACGCACACGGGCGAGAAGCCCUACAUCUGCGAGAUCUGCGGGAAGAGCUUCACCAGCCGCCCCAACAUGAAGCGGCAUCGCCGGACCCACACGGGCGAGAAGCCGUACCCCUGCGAUGUCUGCGGUCAGCGCUUCCGCUUCUCCAACAUGCUCAAAGCCCACAAGGAGAAAUGUUUCCGCGUCAGCAACCCCUUGGCUUCGGACACGGCCGCCCCCCAACCUGCCGCCAGCCCGGCCCCACUGCCCCCCGGUUCCGGCGUCUCCCCACUGCCCCUGCCGCUGCUUCAUCCCCUUCCACAGACCCUCCCUCCUCCUCCUCACCUACCGCCGCCCCCUCCCCUGUUUUCUGCAGGGAGGAUAAAUUCGAACAACAACUAGGUGCCCCCCGCCCCAGCCAUGCGCCCGCACGGACUGCUCUGCCCUUCGGGAACGCCUCCCCCUGGGGAGCCAAGGCUUUGCUUGCUCUCUGCCCCCCCCUUCCUCCUCGUUUUGGGGUUCUUUUGAAUUUUUUUUCCUUUUUCUUACCCGUCAUGCUCUGCGGGGAGGGGAAGCAGGACGAACACCCCCCCCCCCCCGAAGAGCGUGGAUGUUGGGAGGGUAACCGCCGUCCGUCUGUAGGGGUGUAGGUAAGAGGCGUUGCUCUCCGUUUCAUCUUCCCACGCAUCGGCUUCAUCUUCGUGCUGGGAUGCGGGCAGGGCUUGGAGGAGCAGGAUGCUGUGCCGUCCGGGGUUGAGUUCGCUGGCAUUGUGUGCCUGCUCGCUAGCCGAAUGAAUGCCUACCGGCGCUUCCAUAUUUAUAAUAAGCCGAAAUCUAGCUAGUGGUGCUUGAAUCCCUGUACUGUAAAGCUGGUCUUUCAAUUCAGCUUCAUUUCAGUUCAAGAGGUUGAGAGGUGGGCACCACGGAGGAGCCCCCGCCAGUCCCGUUUGCCAGCCCCGGUGGCCCAUGGCGAGUAAGCAGAUGUCCCCAUUGGAAAGCUGUCAGCCCGUUCUCGUUAGCAGCCCUCGCCGCGUCUUCCUUCUGCGUGACGGAUUUUCCUCCCCGGUAGGCGAAAGCACAAACACUGGCGGCAUCACAUCUUGGGGCAUUGGCAGCCUGCUGCCAGUUCAUUUUUGGGGUGCCCUAAGGGAGCUGGGCUCUGGGGUGCCCUUUCUGCUAAUCCCAGCAGGAGCCGGGCUCCUGGGGAUGCUCUGGAGUUGGCAGGGUGUCCCUGGGAGAGCUUAGAUAGCCUUGGGACCAGUGGGAGGGUAGCUCCGCGGCCACCCAGGAGGGAGGAGCAGGAUGCCGUUUCUCAGCAGAAUCAGCCCAGAAUAGUGCCUUAACAAUUCGAAUGACUGACAACCCGGCUGACUGAUGGGUGAGCUCCAGGUUGGGUCCCAUUGCAAGGUUUAAAGCUAAAGCAAGACCAUGUUCAGCUUGAUGACGAUGUCCCAUACUCCAGCUUGUUGCCUGGUGUCGCUCUCCCAGGCUUUACUUCUCCCCAUGGGGUUGACAGCCGUUGCCCUGCCCUGUCUUGGGGGGACCAGGGGGGACCAGUGAGGGCUGUGGUUGGUUUGGUGAUGCCCCACGGUGUUGGUUAGUGCUCUUCUGGCCACAUUGUGUUUGUUGAAGUUGAACUGGUCUUUGGUUUCAUUUAUUCAGGCUGGCUUCAUGCCAGCAGAGGAGGAGAACAGAACGGCUUUGCUGUUACCUUUUUGUUGGACACUGGGAUCCAAGCUGGGUCUCUUGCUGCUGUGCUCUGCCCCGGGGUGUCGUGCAUUGACGUGACUGUGGCUGUGUGGUCUCCCCACCUAAGGAAGUGUCCCCUUUGGGGUCGAGGAGAGCUGCAGGAGCUGCAGAACAUCCAGCAUGGGCAGAGAGGUUCUGGCCAAGAGAUGGGGUGUGCUGCUGCCAAUGCCUUGCUCCCAAGACCAGCGCUACAGAUGCCUGUGGACAUGGGUCAGGUCAUGGAGAAGGUGGUGAGCAGGACUGUUGGUAGGCAAGAAGGAAGAGAGGACACUGAGCGGGCUGCAGAAGCCCUUUCUCAUUUGCCCCUCAGUCUGGGUGGUAGUGGGGUGUUGGAGACAGUGAGCCACAUCUAGCUCUACAAGAAGUCUUGCUGCUUCAUCUCCUGAACCAAAUCAGCAAAGCACUUGGGAGGCGUUGAAGCUGUCCCUGCAGAGAUGGGAGAAUUUAGCUAUAUGCUUAGGGGGUUUGCUGACCAGGGACAUGCAGGAGCAUUAUCCUGACAGGGACAGGACAGGAUGGCACCCGCUGUUCUCCUGAGUGCUGUUUGAGGUGAUGGGUUAGGUGACUGGUGUCCCCUCCUGCUGAGUGGUGCCUCCCUGUGCCUGACAUCUCUGGAAAGCUGGCUGCUCUUGUGGAUGUUAGCAUGAUGGAGCAACAAAUCGCUUUUCAUCCUUGUGUUGGCUGGGAUCCUGUGGACCCCCAGCACUGCAGUCAAUACCAGUGAGCUCACCCUCAUCUCCAUCUUCUUUGAGCAAAGGGAGGAUGCUAUGGCAGAGCUGCCUCACCAUACUGACCUUCUCAGAUGGGUACCAAAGGCUUCUCUGCUGUCCUUCCUCCCUGACCCUGGGGUUUAUUGGGAUGGUGCAAACCCUUCUCAGACACACAUCUGUAAGGGGUGUGGGUGCUCAGCUCUUGGGGCCAUUGGCUUUCUGAAGGGACCAUGACCCAGACUGGAAGAUGAUUGCUUUAGAGAAACCUUCAUUGAUACUCUUGGAGGUGUUGGAGGGCCUCAGUAGAGUGGUCCAUGCUGUCUCCUCCUCCGCUGCCUCCAAGACCCCAUCGCCUCGGGCUCCCUAGCAUUUCUUUCCCCUCACACAGCCUUGACAUGGGAUGGGAGUACUGCACCCCAAGGAGGACUCACCUUGCCUGUAGGAUCUUCUGUGAUGGAGCCUAUCAACAUGCCUGACUGAUAGACUUCUCCUCCCCAAGCAAACCGCCACACCAACAUGUGCUCCCCUGUACCUGGAGGUGGCUUUUCCUGACUCUGUCCCAAUUCAUCCUCUCCUGGUGAGGACCUGUCCCACUUGGAUGUCACUGCGAGAUGAGAGCUCCUCGUUGAGGCUAAAAGCCCAGCGGAAAGCCUAGCAACUGAUCCCAGAGGGUCUCCCAGCGAGCCACUUGGAGACAUUGAGAUGUGACCAUGCACACAGCACUUUGGAGAACCAGAUCCCUGCUGCUCCCUCCCCUCUCCAAGGCCUGGGCAGUUCCCAGGAGUCCUACGUGGCUUCCAAGCCCUUUUGUCUACACCCUUAUUUGGCCCCGAUGUCUCUCUUCACAUCUGGUUUUCGUUAAUGUACUAAGAGCUCAAACGAGUCGCUCCCGCAGUGUCUCGUCCCGCAUCCAUCCCAGUCAGACCCCGUUGGCACCCGUUGGGUUAGAUGGGGCAGGAGGCGGGGGAGUUGGGUCUGUUGUUUUCAAGCUUUUUAUAUUAUUUUAUUUUGAUUUUUUUAAAAAAUUUUUUGUUUAACUCUUGCACCUUAAUCUCUCACAUCCCUUCUUCAGCAGACCGCGAGGGUGGAGAGGGGCUUGAUUUCCAUUACGCAGCUCAUGAAUAUACCGCAAUGCAACGUUCAGCUGACAACUCUGCCCACACGCUUAACCCCAGACCUGUCCGGGUUUGAAUUUUCUUUUCCCCCUUCAUUUGAACUCUGGGGAGGGAGGGAGUCAUGUGGGGAGGGUCAUUUUUGGUUUAUGUAUAUCCCAGGAGCCUGGUAGCACAGACCAGUUAGCCUCAUAGUGUCCAUGAGGCAUGGCUGGCCCUUCGGACCACAGCCAUAACCCCAGCGCGGUGGGAAGGUGAUGAUGGAUGGACGGCCGGCAGGUGGGAACGGCUGUGACAGUGCAAUAGAGACGAGCAUCCGCUGCUAGACAACUCCACUGAGUAAACUCUUGGUUUGCCCGAAGUCGAGAGGGAAGGACGGACAGACAGACGCCCUUUGUUCACACGGACGGAGAGAGCUUCCCCAGACGCAGCCCUGCCUAGUGACACGUAACCAUGACGGGAGUUGGGUCGAACUUGCAAAGGAAGAAAAUAAUAAUAAUAAAAAAGGAAAAAAAUACGAGUAAGAGCAACCUCAGUAGUAUGGAACUUGCAGGAAAUGAAUGAAACCCCAAGCACUUGCCUCAAAACUAGUUUCUCAUGCCUGGUGUUCGGCUUUGUAUUAUUUUACGGCAUUCAGUAUCGGUUGCCCAAACAUGCCAAGUUAAGAGUGUAUCGGUGGCUCUACUAGUGUGAACAAACUAAACGAAGCACUUUAUUCUGUAUAGAUAAGGGAAGGCGGGGAGGGGAGGGGAAGCUUGGAUGCUUUUCAGAAGCAUCUUAAGUAAUGUUCUAGGAAAUGUAUUAUUAUUAUUAUUAUUAUUAUUACUUUUUUUUAUGACCAUGUGUAAUCAAUAUAUGUUUAUCUUUAACUCCAAGUACAGCAGUUACUCUCUUUGGGACGGUGUGUUGAGGGGGAGGCUGUGAUGGUCGGGUUAGUGCAUCAGCAUGAGGCCAACUGGGCCAAGUCAUUGCCUACCACAGGAAUGGGCAAGUCUUGCUUUGUGGACAGCCCUGUUGGCCAAUGUCCGGGAGGUCCCCAGAGGUGCAUCAAAGUUGCCUUCCAGGGUACAGCUCACAGUCAGCCUUGGCACCAAGGGCCCAACGUGAAUCCCCAUCCUGAGCCAUCUUCUGCCUGGGGGUGCUGGGGCAGCUCUCUGGGCCACCCACGAGCAAGAUGAGUCGCAGUAGGCUGUUUUGGGUUGUCCCUAGAGGCCAGGUCCUUGGCCAUGCUUUGAAACCCGCUUUUGGCCUCUCACCAAUGCACGUCAGGGGUCGUUGAGCUCUUAAAGUGGUGAGAGGUCAGAAUUGGGCCUUUCCACUGCGUUCUCCCAGUCUGGAAGUGUUAUGACUGUUACCAAAGAGGUUGCAAGUGGAAGGACUGAAUCAAUAAACGAUUUGUCUUUUAUAAAAGAAAACCUAAAGGUCCACCACUUUCUUUGUUACCUUAGUAUUGCUUUUUUUUCUUUUUUUUUUCUUCUUUGUUUAAAAUCUCUUUUCAGGCAAUUGUGCGAGGAGUCAGAGGCUGGCAGGAUGGGCUUCCCAUGGCAUGUUCACCGCUGCUAUUGCAUCACAUGUAUAGCCUUUUUGUUGGGUUGGGUGGGAGGUGUGUGCGUGUGUGUGAGACUGCUGUAGGGCAAACAAAAAUAGCUUUUCAGGGAAGGGGGAUAAGUGGGUGGAAGAAGGGGCUUGGUGAGGGCUGAGCUCCUGUGUCCUACUGGCUCCAUGAAAUUUGUGUGAGCUAUGAGCUGGGGCUCCCUGAGUUCCUCUGUAAGCAGUGGAGAAACCAAGGAGCCCAUCCAAAAGCACCCAGUGCCUUUAUUGAUGUAAAAUGGAGCUGUGGGAACCUCGCCAGAUAACAUCAGCUGAUAUUGGGAAGCUAAUGGAAGAAGAGAUGAUUUUCCCCCACCCUUCGGAUGUACCUACUCUGCUGCUGCUGGCAUUGCCCAGAGAAGGUACCCACGGGCGACCAGUGCCACUGGAACUGUGUGCACCUGAACCAGGAAAACGCGAAGCAGCAGCAGGGAGUGAUGCCUCUCUGAGUAUUCAUGUUGUCAUUUCAUAUCUGUGAUUGCUUUUGGACUGGAGCAGCCUCUUGGUGAGGUGGUGGUGAACAUCUCGGGGCCAGACUUUCGCUUGGCGAUGCGCUAUUUUGCUGCUUUCCUUGGGCCAAUGCUGGCUUGCACGUGCUGAGAUCUGGCCCUCGUUGCUCAAGUGAUGGGAUACUUCAAGCUCUUCUGGGUCCUUUUGUACAACAUUUAUUUUUCCUUUUAUGGUCUCUUGUCCUGUGCCAGCAGUGGCAUCUCCUACAACUUUAUAAUGGAUGUGAAACGUGGGAGCACUAAGCUCCUAUUAACUGUAUUCCCGAUGGACAGUUGCGAGUUGAAUGACCAAGGAUGGGAACCAGUCUUAAUCGAUCCUUCUUAAGCCGUUAUCUAACAGCUCAUCAAGGCUCAGCAACAUUCUCCUUGACUUCAAAGGGCCCAGAUUUCCCCCAGGAGAGCCAAGCAAUGUGGUGGUGGAUGAGGAUUAACCCUAUUUUAGGACUGAGUGUCAACAGUUUUCUAUUCUGCACAUCCAGCAAGAAGAGCCGAAGCAAAAGUGUUGGUGUCCAAUCCCAGGCAGGAGUGUUGGUGUCCAGUCCCAGGCAGGAGGUGGUAUCCUGCCAC